UUAAAUUUUAAAAUGCCCUAAAAAGCAAUUGAUUUGGAUGAAAUUUAUCAAAUUUAUUUAACCUUCAGUUAUCUCCAUUAAGCUGUAUUAAUUAAUAUUGAGAAAAUGAUUUUUUUUUUUAUUUAUUUUGCAAUAAUUUCCUUGGUAUUUUUUUCUUUUUUAAAUUUUUUAAUUACAUAUGAAGUUGUGACGGCGACUAAUUAAUUUGCUAGAUGCUUUCAUCCGCUUUAAACCUUUUGAUAUCAAAAAAGUCCUGUGUGGCAGAAGCGGAACUCGGAAGUUGCUGAUCGCAUCUGGUGCGCGCUCUUUUGCUGCGGGGUUCGUUCGAUGGUUUAAUUGAAUGAAAAGAAUUUCGCCAGAGGAAAAACUUUUCUUCGGUCUAUCGGGAGGGAAGAAACUCAUUGGACGACAGCUCUUAAAAAUUCUCACCCCAUGCCACGAGAGUUUUUGUCUUGAUCAAGGCGAAAGAAGAAAAUCGAUGAGCGGCGCGAGGCGUUUUUAAUUAUCAAUGCGCGCGGAAAACAAUACACGCGACAUAGAAAGAUGACUUUGAGGCGAUAUUAAACACUGCACUCGCGCUCUCAUUGUCACUUGAAAAUGAAAGUGUGCGAUACUGUUUUGAAUUCAUACGACGAGUAUUGCUCCAUAAUUGGCGGGUGAAUAUCUCAUCGCGUCCGACCUUGGUCUCGACCACCAUAAACAGAGGGUGGUGUCAGGUUAAUCGUGCCCAUGGGAUCAAGUCCAUUAUAUAAGCCGCGGCUGCACCUCCGACGUUAGAAGUUCACCAGCGUCCGACACAAGCGAUUCCUCCUCACCCACCAACAAUGAAGUGCUGUAUUAUUUUUGCUGCCGCCGUCGCCGUGGCCAACGCUGGAGUGCUGCUGCCCACCCUGGUGCGCACCCCUGCCCACGAUAGUGCGUACAUCAAGUCAGAACGCUUUGGAGGCAACUUUGCGUACAAAACCAUCGAGAGCCACGCGUACGCACUUCACACCCCCAUUGUUCAGCACUACUCCGUCCCCAUCUCCUUCUCGUACCCGUCGUCGCCCUUCACGUACGCCGCCCCCGCAAUCUACACCAACGUGGUCGCGCCCGAAGCCGAGAACAGCCCCAAAACCGCUCAAGUUGAGGUUGUAGAAGAGGCGCCCAAGACCGAGGAGGAAGCCGAGCCUGCAGCCCCCGAGGAGGAGCCCACCGAAGUCCCCAUGCCCGAAGAAGAGGAGUCCGCCGCCCCCACUGACACCCCCGCCUCCAAAGAAAUGAUGUGAUUAGGAAUUUAUUUAAUGUGAAACGCUAAUUACUCUCCAAUUAGUUCUUUGACAAAAUCAAUUAUAUUUUUGGAAUUCUGUAUUGUGUCAUUUGAUUUUGUCAACUGGUAUCGGCAAUGCGAAAUAAAGUACCUCUUAUUCCUCUUAAGGGAUUAAAUAUAAUUUUC